AGUAAAAAAAAAAGAAAACAACAAAAAUACAACAAAUGGACUAAAAAUUGUUUAUAUUUAUCAAAAAUCUCUUUAAAAAUAUAAUAAAAUUACAAUUAAAUAUAAAACAAAAAUGCUCUCUUCUUCAUCUAAAGCAAGUAAAGGUGGAAAAGUUUUAGUUUGUGGAAUGAAAGGUGUUGGAAAAACAGCUUUAAUCGAACAACUUAUCUAUGGAAAUAUAACAAUCGAAUCUGAUAUUCAUUCAACAAUAGAAGAUAUUUAUAUGGCAAAUGUUGACACCGGAAGAGGACCCAGAGAACAGCUUAGAAUUUACGAUACAGCUGGAUUGCAGGGAAAAGCACAAUUACCACGUCAUUAUUUAGUAUUCCCUGAUGGAUAUGUUCUCGUCUAUGAUCCAAGUGAUCCAUCUAGUUUGGACAUGUUGGACGACAUCAAAUCGGACAUUGAUAAAAACAAAGAAAAGAAAGAAGUUGCUGUGAUUGUUCUGGGCAAUGUCCGAUCUGGAACUGGUACUCUGAAAAGAACUGACACUCCACCAACAAUGCCAGAUCCAAUUGAAGCUGUGCUAAGUCGUGCGAAUAGCUGGUGUGCUCGUGAACGCAUAAAACAUUACACAGUCAAUGCAAUGGAACGUGAUAGCAUCUUUGAACCUUUCGUUCAACUCUGUAUUCGUUUGCAUCCAAUACAACCUAAAAGUUCAUUCCCUCAGUUGCGUCAGGUUAUGCAGAAAAGAGAUCGAAGCGAUGCUUGAUGUUGUCUAUUUCCGCCGCUGCCUGAUGAAUAGAAUUAUUAUUCAAGGCAAGCAAGUGCGAUGAUCAAUGAAUGAGAUAGAUGCCCUCUUCACAUCAAAUUAAAUUAUAUCUGACAUCAUUCAUCAUCAUUAAAAAAUAAUGUUCAAUGUAAAUUUAUUAUAAAUAACAAUUUCCAGUUUUUUUUAUUAAGUUUUUAAUAUAUAAUUUAACAAAAUAUGUAUAUUGUUAUUUUGACUAACAAGAGCUUACAGUAUUUAUAUCCUUAGACUUUUAAUAGAAACUAUUACAAUAGAAUAAAAGCUAUGUUUAA